CUUAAUAAAAUUCAAUUCAACUCCCGCCAAAUGAAAGAAUCUCAAACGCCUCACAAGACCCAUGCUCUUGCUCGCUCAUCGGAGAAGAGCAAUCGCAGAUCGCAGGAUUCCCCAAACUUCAAUAAGGCACAACGCACUUCGCAAAAUCUUACUCAGUUUUUUCGGCUUUGCUUUCUACACAUUCAAUUUUUCAUGUUUAUUGUUGCUUUCAUCUUUUGCCAGAUUCAAACCAAAUGUUUGAAUGCUGCAUUGAAAUCCAUUUCUGAAGUUCCUAUGAAUUCCUCCACAAUAUCCGACACUUUAUACGCUAAUCGCAGUGAAGACGCUACUAUCUCGUUGGUGGAAGAAGGUUUGAAGGAAACCUUGCUUCCGUCUGAUAAAAUACCGUCUGAAAAGGUCAUCGAUGAAGUAGGAAUUGUUUCCAUUAAAUGUUUGUAUGCCUAUGAAUUGGAAAGUUCCAUGUUCCCUUCCACAGAGUCAGAGAUUGCUGCUAUUGAUCUUACAAAUGCAAAACCUAAGGUCUUCAACUCACACAAUGCUGCACCUCAAUAUAAGAAUCUUAUGGAUGAAAUAACCAAAUAUAUCAUAGAAGAUCUUUAUACGAAUACUGUGCCAGAAGACUUCGAUCGGUCUUAUCAAUUGAUGUCUGCAAAAAACCGAACGGUGUUGCUGUUGUUCUGCACUUGGCUUAUUGGAGUGUUGGCUAUAUUUUUCUUCACUUCUGAUAUUCAUUGCCCUUACCGUGGACCAUUGCCGACUUGAACUACUAAUUUCAUUAUGGUUGAUAUGCAUUUAGAGUGCGGAAAAAGAUGUUAGAUAUUUUGUUAAGUGGCUUUUGUAGUAUAUAUCUCAAAACUGAAACUCUAAGACACUAUGAUGUCCUUCUUACACUUGAGUUACGUUGAAUUACCAUGGACUAGUAGAGUUUCAUCGAAAUUGACGUAAAUGUAUAAAUAUUUGAAUGUUGUGCUUUA